AUGGCGCUUCUCUCAGCCGAACACCUGGCUGGCCCGGGCUAUAUCAUCCUUAACGUCCUACGUGCUUUGAACAUUAUCGCACUCUCUUCCGUGGUCGCCAGCAGCGUGGUCAUGCUUGUCAAGACGUUCAUCAUUUCCAAGUUCUUCUUCUUCGAUGCCACAAGCCACGUUAUCACAGCCAUUGCGGGACUUUUCUUCAUCGUCUCCGAAUGCUCUCUAUUCCGCAGCUUCUACGCUCGCAACUGGCCUCUUCUCAGCCCAUCCCACGGCUUUGUCACACUCGGCUGUGCCAUGAUGAUCAUCGGCCUCAACAUGCUUGGUAACAUGAACAAGGAAGCCACAAGCCAGAAGUCUCUGACCAUGCCCUUCUGGCGACUCCUCGUAGCUUCAGGCAUCCUCGCCAUCAUCAUCGGCUUUUUCAAUGUCGUUGCCAGCUUCGUCUUCUGCGACAAAUCUAGGCGCAUCACAGCGCGCAUGGUCCGCUCCAGAGGCGCAAUGACACUGCACGAGGACCUCGAAACCCAAUAUGACCCCAAGCACAAAGCCUUCACCAUCAGCACUCACCACACGGGCAGCAGCACCUCGCGCCAGAACGUCUACGGCAACACCCCACCCAUGCGCAUAGGCACUCCACCCAUCGACUGCGGAUCCCCUCAACUAUCCCACCACUCCCCUAACAAGGAAACCAACGGCAGCGGUAAUCCCCUCUCUCAAUUCGACUUUAGCCCCCUACGUGCUCUCCGCACAGCCCGCCAGUCCUUCCUCCCUUCGUACCACAGCUCCGCCGCCAACGCACCUAAGCCAGGCUUCUUCUCGCGCCGCCCCAGCUCUAGCAUCUACUCGCGCACCACUUCUGGCGGCGAGCCGAGCAAGAAGUUUUGGCAGCGCCAACGCGAGGAGCAGGAGGAGGAGACGGCACGUAUGCCGCAGAUCAGCUACCCGUUGAACGUGAACCCGCAGUUUGCGCACCUGGUGAAGCCGAAUCUGGCCCACCAUCCUAGUGUCAGGAGGCCCGAGAUGGAUUUUGAUAAGAUCUAG